UAGGAGCCUGAGAUCUCUUUGCCCGGACGCCUGGGUCCCCACGGCGCUGGAUCGUCGCUGACAAAAGGCAGUUUGGAACCUUCCCCUCCCCCCACGCCUCGCCCGGACGCCUGGGUUCUGAGGAGCCCGCGGAGAAUUCGGACCCUCCUGCGCCGAAAGGAGCCGCCUUUUCGCCGGCCGGACGCCUGGGUUCCGCUACUUUCCUCCGCGAGCAGGGGCGGGGGAGAGCAGGGAGCCCCUUGAUUCCUCUGCCGGCUCCGCUAUCCCUCCUUCCCUGCCUCUCCCGCCUCCCCCAGCUCUCUCUCCAUCCCUCCUUUCUCCCACUUCCUCAUUCCUUCUUUCCUCAGCCCCUUCUCUCCUUCUUCCAUUCUUUCUCCCUCCUUCCUUCCCGUUAGUCCUCCUUCCCUGACUCUCUAUCCCUCCCUUCCUCCGGCCUUACCUUUCUCCUCGUAAACCAUUCCUCCAUUUCUGCCCCCUUUCUCUCUCUCCUCCUCCUCCUCUUAAACUCUCCUUCCUUCCCUGGCACUCUCUCUAUCCCUCCUUUUCAUCCUCUUAAACUAUCCCUCCCCUUUUCCUCCACCUUUCCUUCCCUGACCCUCUCUCUAUCCCUCUCUUUCGUCCUCUUAAACUAUCCCUCCAUUCCUCCUUUUCUUCCAUCCCUGACACUUUCUCUAUCCCUCCCUUUCAUCCUCUCAAACUAUCCUCCAUCCCUUCUUCCCUGCCCCCCCUUGCCCCCGUCCCCACUUCCCUCCCUGCUCCCCGCAGCCCCGGGGUGAGGAUGGCGUCGGCUCCGGCGCCAGCCCUGCCGGAGUGGAAGCUGCAGCUGCUGGAGAGGAAGCGGAAGGAAGAGGAAGAGGCGCGGCGCAGAGAGCGGGAGCAGCAGGACCGCAUGGCCAAGAUGCCAGCCUGGAAGCGGGAGAUCAUCGAACGCCGCCGUGCCAAGCAGGGCUCCGGGACCUCCUUCUCGGACCCGGAGGGCGGUGGCGGUGGAGCAGGGCCCCCCUUGGCUGUGGCGGGGCCGCCCGGACCCGAGAUGGGCCAGAAGGAGAGCACCGUGCUGCAGGAGAAGAUUGGCCCAGUGCACCAGAACCCCUUCAUCCAGCUGGAGAAGAGGCGCAAGGAGACGGCGGCGCCAGAGGCCGAGGCGGCCAGCGCCAAGGCCAAACAGUUGAUGGAGCUCUACAGCCAGCGCCCUGGGGUGAGGACCCUACGGGCCGACAACGUCAUCAUCAUUGAGUCGGUGCCGGGAGCAGCGCCACUGGGGGCCGAGCGGCAGGGGGAGGCCAAAUCCGGCAGCGUGGAAUCCCUGAACGAGCUGCUGGCCCGGCGCGGCGGGAGCGUGACCGAGAUCCGGGCCGGCGAAGUCUUCAUCGUCAAAUCGGCCCUCAGCCGCAGCGUGGAAGACCUCAACUCCUUCGGCCAAAGCCGCGGCGAGGCCGAUUGCCGGCCGGGGCUCCCGGAGCAACGCCGCGGGCGUGUCAGCAAGCUGCUAAGCCGCUUCGGCCAGGAGGACCCACCCCCGCGACCGCUCAGGUCCCUCAGCACCGAGAACCUCGCCGAUGGUUCCUACGAACGCCCCCUGGCAGCAAGGAAACCGCCCGGCUCGGCCCAGCACCGUAGUGGCACACCCAGCCCUCCCCGCGACCUGCCGGGCCUGACCCCCUCGCCGCCUCCCUUCACCGUGGUUUCCUACCGCAGCCAGUUCAAAGCCAGGUCCGAGGCCUGGCCAGAGAGCCCACCGCGGCGCUCGCCCACCGGCAAAGCAUGGGGCAGGGAGGCCGCCUCGCCAGAGAGGGGAGCCAGGCAUGAUGGUGGCAGCCCUGGCACAAUGGUGCCGGGCCCUCGGAGCAGGGAGGCCAAUUCACCGGACAGGGGAGCCUGGCACAGUGGAAGCACAUUGGCUGUGGUGCCAGGGCCUCAAGGCACAGAGGCCGCCUCGCCAGAAACGGGAGCUAGGAGUGAUGGCAGUGCCAUGGCCCCAGGACUGCGAGGCAGGGAAGCCGCCUCACCGGAGAGGGGAGCCAGGCCUGGUGGCGGUGCAUUGGCGGUGGGGCCGGGCCUACAAGCCAGAGAAGCCGCUUCACUGGAGAUGGGAGCCAGGCCUGGUGGCGGUGCAUUGGCGGUGGGGCCGGGCCUACAAGCCAGAGAAGCUGCCUCACCAGAGAGGGGAGCCAGGCUUGGUGGCGGUGCAUUGGCGUUGGGGCCGGGCCUACAAGCCAGAGAAGCCGCUUCACUGGAGACAGGAGCCAGGCCUGGUGGCAGUGCAUUGGCAGUGGGGCCGGGCCUACAAGCCAGAGAAGCCGCCUCACCGGAGAGGCGUGACGCUGGUGGCGGUGGCUCAGGUGCGGUGAUACUGGGCUCGCUGGGCAGAGACAUCACCUCUCUGGACAGAGGUGGCAGGGGGGACAAUGGAGACGCCUCAGCCUCAGGCCUGCCCGUCGACACCAUAUUGGAUGCCGAGGCCCAGGCCAAAGCCGUGGCCAGCCUGCGCCUCCAUUCGCGCAACUCCUUCGUGGUGGUGCCGCGCCGGGCGGCCGCCUCCCCUCCCCCAGACCCCGGCGAGGCUCGGCAGGAAAUCAGCACUUCUCCUCCAAAGGCUGCCGCUGCUCCGGCCUCCACUUCCUCCUCCUCCUCCCCCAGCCGUGAGCAGCUUCCCCUCCCGGCCAGCGCCGAGGAGCCGGCCGAGGGGGAGGCCAUGAGGCGCGGGGGCCGGGGGCCCCGGGAGCUGGGGGGCCCCUCCGCCCUGCCCCACCCAGCCGUGCAGCGCCGGAGCGGCAACACCAUCACCAUCAAUCCCCGCAAGGCGCCGGUGCCAGCUGUGGAGAAUGGCGUCGAGGGCGAGGGGGGCCUCGCGGCGCCCGAGAAGGCGGUCGGCGCCCCACUGAAGAAGCGCUACCCCACGGCGGAGGAGAUCCAGGUGAUUGGGGGCUACCUGUCCCUGUCGAAAUCCUGCCUGGCCAAGAACGACCCCCACCGCAAAAAGUUGAAGAUCUCGUUCAGUGAGAGCCAGCUGGAGCGCACCUUCCAGUACCCGUCCGAGGGGUCCCUGCUGGAGGAAUUUGGGCCCCCCGAGGAGUCGGACGCACCGGCCUGUGCCAACCCCCACGGGGAGGACGACGAGGAAGAGGAGGAGCUGCUGCUACUCCAUCGCGGCCUGCCGGGUGUGCUCAGGACCAAAUCCCUCAUCGUGGAUGAAUCCUGCAGGCGGUAACCCCGCAGAACCCCCCCCUCAUGGUGGGGGGACGGGGCGGGUACAGAAGGUGCCCUGCCACGACUGGGUCCCGACCGGCCCCUUCUCUUUCGUCUUCCAGUAAAAUCCCAGCAAGAACAAAGGACUGGAGGGAGGUUGGCUCCAGUCCCCCUGGCUGUGUCUAGGCCAGAGCAGCCACCCUCCCGUUUGACUGCUCCCCUAAGGUCCAGCAGGGGGGAUGAGACCAACAGAAAAACAGCAUUGAGAGAGCCUUCAGGAACAAACCCACUGCAGCCAGCAGGGGGCACUCUGCACCACCCGGACUGUGCUGGGAGAGCCCAUUUCCACUGGAGCGCUCUGCAUCACGUGGACUGUGCUGGGAGAGCCCAUUCUCACUGCAGCCAGCGGGGGGGGUGUGGCUCUCUGAACCAUGUGGACUGUGCUGGGAAAGCCCAUUCUCACUGCAGCCAGCGAGGGGCGCUCUAAACCCCAUGGACUUUAUUGCCACCGAGAGGUCACCUGGCCUACCUUCAGCCAAAGGUUAAAGAUCACAUCCCCUCCUGAAGAUGGGUAUGGGUGGGGGGUGGCAAAGAAAACCAACCCCCCCACCAUACACACAUGCAUUUUUUGUAACUCUUGAAUCCUUUUUCUAGGGGACAUCAUCCAGAAGGGAGAACUUUUGUUUCCCAAUUUUUACUUCCUAAUAAUGCUGCCGGGGUGGUCAGAGUUAAGGGGAUUGUAGUUUAGGAGGGGGUAGGGGUGGGGUUUAUUGGGGAGGGGAGGGGUCACUUUGUUACUUGAUAGGGUCCAGUCAUAAUUGCAGAGGACUGGAUCACUAUCGGAGGGCAGGGCAAUCUGUGACUGGGGUGGAGCCAGUUGAGAUUCAGGCGGAGCCAGUCAGUAUUUGGAGAGUGGGGCAAAUUGCUACUUUGCAGGGGUGGGUGGGCCAUUUGCAAGUGUUCUGGAGCUAGUUACAGAUGGGGCCGUGUUUAUGUACUUCAGGCAGGACUAGUUGUGUUUGGGGAGGAGUGGGGCAGUAUGUGGUUUAGGGGUGGGAGGUGGAGCCAACCAGGAAUUGGGGAGGGACCAGCUGUGACUGGAGGUGGGGGGGGAGGAGGUGACUGAAGCGGAGGGUGGGCCAACGUUGUGACUUCCUGUUUUAGCCAUCCCACUUCCUGUGUAGAUGGAGCAAUUUCACCACCUUUCAUGGGUGGGAGGGAGGUCGUGUCAUUCAGAGCUUCUGAUGGGCAGGAGUGAGAAUGGAGGGACAGUGGAAUUGGAUGUGUGGGGACAAGAAUGAGGAUGGAGGGAAUGAGGAAUGGGAUGAGUGUGGGGGGGAUGGAUGGAUGAAUGAGCCCCUCCUCUGUGAGUUUAGUUCGUUCUUGUUAUUAUUAAUUCAUUUUCUUUGCACUGGGGGGAGCAGCCGCAUCCUCGCCCGGGAACGAGGGUGCGAGCGAAUGAACAAGUGUGGCAGGCUCCUCCCCCCACCCAGGGAGCAGGGGCAGAUGUGUGGUCACAGGGGAGUGGGGCUAAAUGAGGCAUCAGGCCCCCCCCAUUUAACUCCCAUCCUGCUCUGUGCAGGAGGCACUGAUGCUGCAUCUGAGCACUGGCAGGGGGAGGGGGCCGCAUCCGGCCAGUUCCAAUAGUGUUUUUUUUAUAUAUAUUAUAAUAAUAAAACAGAAAGAUGUUGCACGUGAA